AUGGAUGAUAUGCAAGAAGAAUAUGAGAGUGCUGUCAGCAAUAGGAAAUGGGAUGAGAAGAGGGAAUGGUACUUCAACAGAGAAGGAGAACCAAAGGUUGCUGAAGAAGUUAAAGCUGAAAAUGCUGAAGUUGAGGCUGUGAAAGAAGUCAAAGUUGUGAAUGUUGAAGAAGUGAAAGAAAAAGUUGAGGUGAAUGAAGAAGUUGAGAAAGCUGUUACUGAAGAACAGCAGAUUGGAGAAGAGGUGAGGAAAGAAGAAAAAAGAAUUAGUGUUGAAGAAAAGCAAGAUGAUGCUGAGAUGAAGCAGAUAGAAGCCGCUGAAAACACCGAGGUGCCAAUCACUGAGGUGCUUCUGAAGAAAACUGAAUGUCAACCAAAGGAGAAUCGAAGCAGCCUGGCACGUGAGGAGGAGGCUGGUGAACCCUGUGUUGGUUGA